AUGGAAAAGAAGGCGGAUGAAAUGCCAAAGAAGGAGGAUGAGGGAAUGGAAAAGAAGGCGGAUGAAAUGCCAAAGAAGGAGGAUGAGGGAAUGGAAAAGAAGGCGGAUGAAAUGCCAAAGAAGGAGGAUGAGGGAAUGGAAAAGAAGGAGGAUGGAGGUCCCGGUGGUGCUGUGGCCGUUGCUGCAGCAUUCGUUGUGAUGGAUCUGACUGAAAACAUCGAUUGUAACCGAGAUAAGAUUUGGGUAAAUGGUCACUGCAAGCCGGAUUUUUUGGAGUUUGAAAGCGAAGCAACGAUGGCCAAACUGGAACCGCGUAAUUCAUUCAAAAUCCAGCAUUCAGAAGCAAUGGAAUAUGGGAUAAACGAUGUACGAAAUGAACCUUUUUUGGUUAUGGUGAAGAAUGCUUUCAAUCUAAUGAAAUAGGAUGAAGUUAUAAAAUGUGUUAGAUGCACACACUUUUCAUCACAAACAACGAAUUCACAGACUUCCUAAAUGUUUCGAAUUGCGCUUACGAAAAUCAAGCCAGGACUUUUUUUCUCUUUUUGAAGUUAGAAGGACUUAGGAACUUAGAUUUUAUUGUAGAAAUAUUUGACCUCUCCACGUAUCUUUUCAUUAUGGCCCCGCAAUUUCCAGCCGUAUUAUUAAGCCCGCGGUCAAUAACCUGGUUUAAAAAAGCUAUUUCCCAGCUUGUUAGUUUUUUUUAUUGGAAAUGAACAAACAGUGAAACAGCGUCAAUUGACUAACAGUUCCAGUCAAGUAAUGUUCUACUCAUCAAAUUCAUAACAACAUUCUCGAGUAAUGUUCUACUCAUCAAUUGCAUUCUCGAAUAAUAUUCACAUCAAAUUCAUAACAACCAUAACAGCUGAUCGACUUUUUGAACUCCCGCAAUAUAAAAUAUUUUGCAUUUUGCACAUCCAUCAACGACUAUUGAACCAACGAAACAUACAAUAGCGAUAUUCAAAACAUAAGUAUUUGUCAAAUCGCACGAGCUGAUGGAAAUACAAGCGGAAUAUUGAAUUUCAUCGCUAUGUGUUAUUGUUUGUGGUUGUUCCAAAAUUCGUAUAGGGAAUCAUCAUGGCACUACUAUUCCGUUUCAG